CGUGUAGGCGGCCAUAUCGGCCAAAGUCGAGGGCGUCAGGGCCAAGUUAGAGCUCAGUCGUGCCAGGCACUCACCUCCGAGAACGCGUCGCCAAAAUGAGUGACCUCCACAAGUGCGGCAGCAUCCUGGUCACCGGCGCCAGUCGUGGCAUCGGCUUACAGAUUGUGGAGACGCUGAUGAAGAGCAACCCGAGGCCGGGGAAGGUGAUCGCCGCCGCUCGAGACCGCAGCCGAGCCAAGGAACUAAACAGAUUAGCAGAGAGCCACCCAGAUCUCUACAUUGUGACUCUUGAUGUCACAAAGAAGGACGACAUUGAAGCAGCUUUUAAGGAAGUCGAGUCCCUCGUUGGAGACAAAGGCCUCAACUGCCUGGUGAACAAUGCUGGCAUCAAAGUUGAUUCAACUCUGAGUGAGGUCACAGCUGAAGAAAUGAUGAAGAAUUUCGAGGUGAACGCAGUAUCUCCCUUAAUGGUCACCAAGGCUUUUCUGCCAUUGUUGAGGAAAGCUGCAAAGCAGGGAACAGGGAUGGGGAUCCACAGGGCGGCCAUAGUCAACGUGUCUUCUGCACGAGCAUCGAUCCAGCGAAAGGACACCCAUGUGAAGUGGUACCCGUACUGCGUCUCGAAGGCAGCUUUGAAUAUGGUGACCAAAUGUCUGUCCUCUGACCUCUUGGGCGAAGGCAUUCUGUGUGUGUCCGUAAAUCCAGGAUGGGUAAACACAGACAUGGGUGGACCACAAGCCCACCUAACCAAAGAAGAGAGCAUCGAUAACAUCCUUAAAGUGAUCUCCAACUUGUCAGAAAAGGACAACGGUGGAUUUCUGAAUCACACCGGAGAAACUCUGCCCUGGUGAAGUGAUGUGAUGAGAGCUCCUAAUAAAAAGGACACGGUGCUUUGUCACUUGUCACUGUUGUU